AUGCUCUCAGAAAUUGCGCAAAAUAUUGGUGUUCCUGCUGAGACACUCGAGGAGCAUGAAGAGCGAGAAUAUGACCAUGAUUCUCAAGAUGAAUGUGGGCUAGACGGUCAAUACAAGUUUGAUCCAGUGGAACGCGCCCGAGCAAGCAUGAUUACAAGCACCCAGGCAAUGGCAAAAGUUCUAUGUGCGCUCAACAAUGUAAUCCCACUCAUACUUUCUCGUGUGACUGUCUUAACUUAUAACACUGUUUCCAGGUUACAAAUACUGCAAAGAGUUCGGGCUAAGGUUAACAAGCUACUCGGUAGGGAUUGUCCUGACUGGCGCUUUGUAGUAUCUUACAUUAUGUUACGGUUGCCAGAUGAUCCUCCACUAGUCCCUGCACAAAUUCACGGCAUGGAUGGUAACAACUCGGCAAAACGAUGUGAUGGUGCUAGUUCUGCAGACGAACACAUAUUCCAAAGUCCCUACCUUAUAAGCAAUGAAGAUGUUGAUGUUUUCCAGAAUGAAACAAUGCUGUUUGGACAUCAAGAUGAAGAGCCACCAGACAUUUGCACAGAUAAUUGGACUGUAGCCAAUACAGUCGAUGAUCAUACUAUCAAAAUAUUUGAACAAACAGGCAUAUUCAUAUUGGCUUGUCGUCAUGGUAUUGUUGAGACACUAGUGGAAAUGCGACACAGUGGAGAACUUGCAAAAUAUGCAUUAGCCACUGUGAAUAAGCUUCUCAGUGUAUUCGGCUCCAACCAGGUGAUUGGUUACGACAUUGGUUUCUCGUUCGCAAAAACAAUCUCACGUAGUUCCCUGAGUAAUCAAGCGGAAUUGAAGAACUUGAUGAUGGCUGUCAACUCUUUCUAUGGCCAUGCUCACAAUUGCACCUGCCAACUCACUAAGCACCCCCUCUAUCUCAAAGGCUUUGCUCAUGUCAUACAACAUGCUUCACAUUUCCAUUGGCUCCAAUACCUCGACCUACAUUUCAAUCAGUGGGAUCAAGAUAAAUAUCAAGAACUUAGUAACUUUCUUUCGAACAACUAUAAACAAGUGUUAGCCAUUCUUCAGGAGUAUGGUCCAGAGCUUGACAAGUUCAGAGAUACUCGUGGUUUCACUGGUGCAGAUUAUGAGCAAUGGAGAACAGAAGAACUCGAGUAUCUCACAAGACUUACUCAGGAAUCUGAUUAUGAGGUAAGGGUGCCAGUUUACAUUGGUGCACUCGAAAAAGUCACCCAGCUUGAGUGA